AUGACUUCAUGUCGAUCAUUUUCGGUCGCAUCAAUUCCUAUUAUGUUUGGUGGAGGCGAACUCCAAUCUUUAUGGAUAUCAUUAUCAUCAUUAUUAGGAAUUGGGGUUGAUUCUAUUGUUAUUGGUAAAGAUUUUUCAUCUUCUAAUUUUAAAGAAGUUCUACUUAUUGAACUUUGA